UGACAGCACUUACGACGCCCGCCAUAUUUUGUUUUUACGAUUUGAGGUUAUUUUCGCGGACUGACGCCGCUGUUGUUUUUAAUAAAAUUAUCCACAAAACCAAAAACCAUGAAGCUAGUUAGGUUUCUCAUGAAACUCAGCCACGAGACGGUCACAAUUGAGUUGAAAAACGGCAGUGUUGUGCACGGAACGAUCACCGGCGUCGAUGUCGCUAUGAACACCCAUUUGAAGGCAGUCAAAGUUACUUUGAAAAACAAGGAAGAACUGCAGUUGGAGACUUUGAGCAUACGCGGGAAUAACAUAAGGUAUUUCCUGCUGCCGGACAGCUUGCCUUUGGAGACGUUAUUGAUAGAUGACGCGCCGAAAGGUCGAGGCAAACGCGAAGGAUUCCCGAGGGGUGGUGCAAGAGGCGGCCGAGGCAGAGGCCGUGGAGGCCGCGGCGGGCCCAGGGGCGGCCGGGGCGGCCGUGGUCGCGGUCGGCGAUAAAGUGUUUAGCAAAUAAGUCUCUAUACCAGUCUAAGUUUGUGAUUAUAAUAUUAAGUCUAAGAGGUUAUGUUGUUUCAUUUUGCACCUUGAAUGAUUUGUGUAUCUGGAAUUGUGUAGGUUACAGAAAAAGCAAUUUAGAGUCAUACGAAGAAGUUAUGAACUUCGUUACUGGGUUCGAACAUUCCCUACAUCUUGGGUUUAAAAUUGGAGCUAGUUUUGAACUUGUCCAAAAUUGUAUGCAAUUUUGAAGAGUAGAAUUAGUCUAUUAUGCUAAAACUUUGUGUCGAGUAAUAAUACAUUAUAAGGAUGAAUUGCCUAUGCAUUGUAAGAUUCGUUCAAGACUUGCUAUAAUUUUUAAGUAGUCUUUAGGCAUGGCAUUAUCCCUUAAGUUAUCCAAAACUAUGAAGUAGCAUUUUUAUUGAUAUCCUAGUCUAAGAUCGAUUGCUAUAGUAUUUGUAUUAAAAUAAGUAAAAUUGAAGUCUGUAAAUAACAUCUUUACAAAUUAAAGUUUUUACAGUAUUUCUA